CAAUAAUUCUACGCAAAUCCACAAGACAAUGUCGCCAUAGUAGAACUAGUCACGGUCUCAGUAGCAGGGUAAACACAGAAGAACUGAUUUUCAUAAAGUUGUGGUAUAUUUUUCUGUUGCGCCAGUGGUGGCGCAAGUCACUCUUCCCUACUCGCGAACAGGAUGACGUUACGCCGCAACCGCCGCCACCGCCGAGACACGCGGAGACCGAAACAAACGAACACGCGUUCGCCACCGGGUCGUGUUACACGCACGGCAUCAGUCGCGGACCGCUUACCGUUCAAGAUAGUGGCGGCGCUCUCCUACGAUUGGGAUUGUGUCCGCUCAAGUGCGCGGUGAUUGCGUAUAUAACAGCUCUGCGGCUACAGUGUUAUUCGUAUCUGAUUGGUGCAGUAUAACUGAAAUAAAUAAUAUUAUUUUAGUUAUAAUUAUUGUAUACAGUUUUCGUUUCUUCAACCACGCAACAUUUGUGAUGAUAAUAUUAUUAUAACAAUAUACCUAUUAUAUUGAUAUACCACUUUAAUCGUGCCCUACCAGAACCGCGAUAUAUGCGUGUUAUAUUAUGUUUUUCCUAAACGCGUAAAUCUUGACGUCGUUUUUUAUCCAUCAUCACAGAAUGCACUACCGUCAUCGGUGAUGCAUCAUUGUUAUUAUUAUAUUGCUAUGCGCGACACGCAUUCAUCGUGAUUAUUGUCAUAAAUUUUUUGACUCCAAAAGAAAUAAAUAACAUUAAAAAACGAUAAUAAACAAAAAUUGUAUAGAUAUCAACAGGUGUAUCAACUCGGUAUCCCGCGUUAAAAACGCUUGUCGUCAACGAUGCCACCACAGCUUUCAACAAAAAACAAUAAAUUGUUCCUAGUCAAACGGCGUUCACGUGUGUACGCGGACUGACAUAAUCAAGAACGUACAACCGUCUGCCACUACUGCAGAUAUACAAUCAUAUAUACAGUCAUUAAUAAAGAAGAAGAGACAAGAAUAUUAUCCUAUACCAUUUAAUACGUCAUAAUACCGACGUGGAUUAUACGCAGGACUGCACGCCACAUCGCGGGAUCCGAAUCGUAGCUAGGAACAGCGUCGGCGGCGUCCGAGAUGCGCGCGAGGUUUGCGGCGGCGGCCGAGACGCGGCAGUAGUACUACUGUCCGGUGUGGGAGGGGGUGGGGGCGCGCGCGCUUACGGUCACGACAAGAGACGGCCGCGGGACACGCGGCGGCGCGGCGAUGACGCGGCCACGUCGGCGGUCAAAGGUCGAGACGAUAACGUCGGUUGCGGUGCACCCGGCAACAGAGGCACAACCGAACCGAAAGCCGUGGCGGGGCCUCAAACGCGAUACGCCAGUCGUAAACGGAACGGUUUGACCGAAAAACAUAAUAUAUAAAAUAAAGUACGCGAUCCGUCGGCGGUAACAAAAAUCGACGAAAAUCGUAGUCGGUCGACACCUGUGGAAAAACAAUUUUCGACGCAAAACAAUUGUACAAACACACAGUCGGGUGGCGGUAGGGCACUCCGCCGCCGCCGCCGCCGCCGUCACCGCCGCCGUCGACGGUGCCGGUUUGUCAGCGACGCGCAGCGGCAGAUCCGAUGCGUCCGGCGCCGACGCCGUUGUCGCUCGUCAACGCCGUCCGCUGCAACUUAACCGUCGCCGCGUCGCUUAACGCCGACCGCAGCCGCCGACGCCGACGGACACGCGACGAUAACGCACUGCCGCCAUGAAGCUCCGCGACCGCGUGGUGGUCGGCUUCUGCCUGUCGCUGGUCCUGGUCACCGUGCUGUUCGUGGUCGACAUGCAGAACGAGAGCGCCCGCCGGCUGUCCGCGGCCGACGGCGACGCCGCCGCCGCCGCCGCUUCGCACUAUCACGGCCGGUCCGACCGGUCCCGCGACGCGGACGAAGCGCAGUCCGCCUGGAACUUGGCCGCGUCCUACGUCGUGUCCACUCUGAUGCCGUCCGUAAAGCCGCGACCGACGCGUCCCGGCGCGCCGCAACCGUAUUCGCGCCGGGCCGACGGACGUCCGCUACCCGAGGUGGUCGACCUGUACGCCGGUGACCGGUUCGCAGAUCUCACCGAGCGCCUGUCCCGAUCGUCCGAGACGCAGAGACGCCGCGGCUACGUGAUCGACUGGACGGCCGUCCGGGACGUGAUCGUCGACGACACCGACGAAGACGGAACCACCAGCAACGAGUACGUCGUCGAGUACCUGGAAGACGGUUUGCGCCAAUUAAACUCCGAAAAAGUUACCAAACACUCACAUGGUCCGUAUCAGUUUUGGAGAAACGAUCCACUUCCAAAUAUGACUUAUAAAAAACAGCUAAACACUACGGCAUUAACAAUAUUUCACUCAAGAAUAUCAAAAAGAGAAAUGUAUCCUAAGAACGACACGUAUGUGCCAUUAAUUUUAAAAAACAUGUCUGUUUCGCCUAUUUUAAGCGUAGCCCAAAAAGAAGGAGGCACACAACUCAAACUUGUUAUUGAGUAUUUAAACGGAGACAAAGCCCUUAUGAAACCUAUGAGGUUCACCAGAGAACAACAGACUCUACCGAAUCAUUUUUACUUCACCGACUACGAAAGGCACAAUGCCGAAAUUGCUGCGUUUCAUCUCGACAGGAUAUUGGGGUUUCGGAGAGCAAUGCCAGUCAGUGGCAGAUUGGUGAACAUUACAUCUGAACUCAUGGCCCAGGUGACCGCGUCCGAUUUAUUGAAGACGUUCUUCGUGUCGCCCGACAAAAAUGUGUGCUUUCACGGACAGUGUUCCUAUUAUUGUGACACGUCGCAUGCCAUUUGUGGAAAUCCAGACAUGUUAGAGGGCUCGUUCGCCGCAUACUUGCCAAGCCAAGACAUUUUGGAGAGAAAAACGUGGAGGCAUCCGUGGAGGCGCAGCUACCAUAAGCGGAGGAAGGCCAAAUGGGAAACAGAUCCAAAUUACUGUGAAUUAGUCAGAAACGUGCCGGCGUAUAAUAGCGGUCGCCGGAUGUUGGACAUUAUGGACUUGUCCGUGUUUGACUUUCUCAUGGGCAACAUGGACCGUCAUCAUUACGAAACGUUUACACUGUUCGGCAACGAUUCGUUUCCUAUUCACCUCGACCACGGUCGAGCGUUUGGCAAGGCGUUCCACGACGAGAUGAGUAUACUGGCUCCAAUCAUACAGUGCUGUCAUAUACGAAAAUCUACGCUAGAGACUUUACUCAGGUUUCACAACGUCAAAAAACUCAGCGAACACAUGAGAGAAUCUAUGGCUGAAGACCCACUGUCUCCCAUACUUUGGGAACCUCAUUUGACAGCCAUCGAUCGACGUGUAGGACUCGUGCUGCAGAAAGUCCGCGAAUGUUUGUCGGUCAGCACGAUGAGUGGUGAGGACACGGCCGACGAAACGCGUGUCCGGACCGCCACAAAUGCUACGUUUGACACCGACACGGGCGAUCUGGGACAGGAAGUCAAGUACACGGCCAGGUCCAGGGAUGUAACGCAAGACUGAUGAAUGUUGUUUUUUUCGGUUCUGAACCGGCUCCGUUUGUGUUCGUUUCCGGACGGAUCGAGUCGACGCUCGUCGAACUAAAAUAUAAUCUAUAUUAUAUUAAAUGUUUUAUGGGUCACGUCUGUCCGGUUUACUUGCCAUCUCGAGGGUCUGUCCGAGUUGGAAGCCACUCGGUCCAUCGACAUCAUAUAGAUACUGUUGCUUACUGGUUAAAAUUUUUGGAAGUCAAUUUGUAGGAUAAUUUUGUUUUUUUAAUGAAAAAAAUAAAUCAAAAUUGAUAUUUUUUUAAGUCCCAAAUUCACAUAUUUUUCUAUCAACUAUUACCAGAAUUUUUUUUAGGGUUUAAUUAAAAUACGUUAACAUAUAUUUUACAGGUUAUAACAACUGUUUAAAAUAGUUACUGUAUUUAGUGGCAAAUAAAAUGUUUGAUAUUAUUUUUUAAUAAAUUAAGAACUAAGCAAAGUAAAUACAAUUAUAAUAACUUGCCUGGUAAACAUGUAAUGUAUAAAAUAAAUGUAGAUAAAUUUAACUCUAACGAAAAAAGCUGUCAAAGUAAUUCUUCAAUCGAUAUCGUAUGAGGUUGUUAGGUCAAUAAAAAAUAAUAAUAAAUACAUAAUUUUUAAGAGAUGGCAUGCAAUUCGGAUUUCAGACUCAUAAUGUUGUGUAAUUCGGACACCUGUCGUGGUUAAGUGGUUUUAUUUUCUAAAUGCGUCGAUCUUCCAAUAUGUUGAGUAAAUAUAAUUUUUUUGUCGUAAACCAUUAUCAUUAUUAUUAUUAUUUAUAAUUAGCUGCCUCUACGGGUCUUAUUAUAAUCGAUAAUAUCGUGGAAAAUGUUCGAUUAUCGUUGUAAUUUUAUAAUUUGUUGAUUCUCAUUGUUCUCUUUUCAUUAUUGUAUCCGAUAAUAUUGUGUUAAACUUUAGUUACUCAUCUAGAAUGAUAUCAAUAAUGUAAAGUACCUAUAAGAGUUCUUUAUAAUAUAUUAUAUAUUUUUGUUUUUGAAAGACGUGUCGCAUAAAUAAUCAUAAUGCAUUUUACGAUUAGACAUUAGUCUUAUGUCAUAUCACAAUACACAUAUACAAAUAACCUGAAACGAUGGCGUUUUUUGGUUCAGACAAUGUUACGAUGCAUUCAUGACAACUGUUGUAUAAUUAUAUUGGUUAUAUAUAUUAUACUAUUAACUAUAUUGUAAUAUAUUGUGUCUUGAGGGUUGCGAGACAUAGAACCCUAAAGAACGUGUUGAUAUCUUUGUAGAAGAAUAACAUAAUAUUGUCACUGUAUAAAUAACGUUAGGUAGGGACCUAUAAUGAUAAGAAUUAUUUUUAUGUAAAAUAUUAUAGUUCAAGGAACUGACAACGAUUCCUAUUUAUAUUAUAUUUUUAAUUGUUCUAUUAUAAAUAAUAUACCUACUUAUUGAAUAAUCUUCGCCACGCCUGUCAAAUGUGUAGUAAAUAAUAUUUUACACGUAUAAUGUGAUAUUCAUAAAUUAUGCUAAAUUUUCCCCCAUAUCUAUGAUAGGAGUUAUCCUUUAUGAAGUUUAAAGUACAUGAUGGUUACUUAGGCUCGAAUUAUUACAUUUAAAAAAUAUUUAAAUGAAACUUAUUAAUUUUUUUUGACAGAUAUUUCUUCACUUUUUUAUUUGAUUAUAAUAUAUAUUAAAAAAUAGUCAAGUUCUACAUUGGUUUGAAAAAAAAUCAAAGAUAUUAGGUACCAUAGAAUCUUAAGAAUAAUUUUGUCAUACUAUCUUAGACAUUCCAGUGUUUCCAAGCUUUAAAAAUAUUAAUUUUUAAAUUAAAUUUUAUUUAUGUGUAAAUAAAUAGUAUAUAAUACAUAGGUAGGUACCAUAAGAGUAUAAUAUUUAAUAUGUUUUUCCAAAGCUAUACCAAGUAAAUAUUAUUCCAAAUCAAACUAUAAUCACAAUAUUGCAGUAAAAUUUUAUAAAAUUAUCCAAUAACGUAAUAAAUUAUAAUAAAUAUAUGUACUGUUUUCAAUGUUAAACUUUAUAAAACGCUAAAACGCAUAUAUUUAUAUUUUUAUGAUGUUAUUAAUUUUUAAUGCUCAGCCCACUUAAUUACAAAACAAAUAAUAAAAUAUUAAAUGAUACUGAUUGUUAAUUUUUAUUCAUUUUAGAUUAAAAAAAAAAAAAAAAAAAAAAAAAAAAAAAAAAAAAAAAAUGAUUUAUGUUCAGUACUUCAUAAGCCUAUAAUUAGUAUUGUAUGUUAUGCCUUAUGCGUGUAUUGUUUAUUUUGAAAUAAUUAUAUAUUUAUAUAUGUACCUACCAAUAUUGUAUAGUCGAUUUUAUAUUUAAUACUUACCACUGUUCAAUGUUAGUGGGUUAUACUGAUAUGUAACAUGUAUUAUACAUGUUAAAAUUGUUUGUUUGUAUAUAUUUUAUUUAAAGUAAAGUUAUAUUAAUUUAUAUGUUACACAUAAUUUUCAUUAUAAUAUUAAUCAGAAACGAAAUGCUGAAAUUCCUGUAUAAAAAGUAUCCAAAUAUUUUACAGAUGUGUAAUGAAUUAUGACAUUAUUACACAUUUGAAUUUGGUUACAAGUGUUUGAAUAAAUUUAGUAUUUUUAUACUACCUAUUGUUA